CGCCGCCUCGGAGCCCGGGCCUGGGGGGCGGUGGGGCCGUGCAUGGAGCCCCCGCCCCCCGGAGCUGCCAACGCCGCCACGGUGCUGCGCACAGCCUCUCGGCUCUGAGCUGUCUGCCCUCCCGAACCCUGGGAUGGCGUAGUGCUCCCCCAGCAAUGGACCCAUCUGUGACGCUGUGGCAGUUUCUGCUGCAGCUGCUGAGAGAGCAAAGCAAUGGCCAUAUCAUCUCCUGGACCUCACGGGAUGGUGGUGAGUUCAAGCUGGUAGAUGCAGAGGAGGUGGCCCGGCUGUGGGGACUGCGCAAGAACAAGACCAACAUGAAUUAUGACAAGCUCAGCCGGGCAUUGCGGUACUACUAUGACAAGAACAUCAUCCGCAAGGUGAGCGGCCAGAAGUUCGUUUACAAGUUUGUGUCCUACCCUGAGGUCGCAGGGUGCUCCACUGAGGACUGCCCACCCCAGCCUGAGGUGUCUGUCGCCGCCUCUGCCUCCGCGGCAAAUGUGGCCCCUGCUGCUGUACACGUUGCCCCCGGGGACCCUGUCUCAGGGAAGCCAGGCACACCCAAAGGCACAGGAAUGGCAGGACCAAGUGGCUUGGCACGCAGCAGCCGGAACGAGUAUAUGCGCUCAGGCCUCUAUUCCACCUUCACCAUCCAGUCCUUGCAGCCACAGCCCCCGCCUCAGCCUCAGCUACCCCCUCAUCCUCGGCCUGCCUCAGUGCUUCCCAACACCGCCUCUGCAGGAGCAGCAGCACCCCCCUCAGGGAGCAGUAGCACCAGUCCAAGCCCUUUGGAGGCUUGCCUGGAGGCAGAGGACGCUGGCCUGCCUCUGCAGGUUAUCCUGACCCCGCCUGAGGCCCCAAACCCGAAAUCAGAAGAGUUGAACGUGGAGCCGGGGUUGGGCCGGCCACUGCCCCCAGAAGUUAAAGUGGACGGGCCCAAAGAAGAGCUGAAAGCUACAAGUAGGGAGGCGGGGUUUGUGCCGGAAGCUAUUAAGGUUGAGGCGGAAAUUCUUCCCGCGGUCGCUAUGGAGACAGCUGCUCAAGGGGCGGGCCUAGCGUCAUCGGCAGCUUCCAGCCCUGAGAUCGCCCAGCCACAGAAGGGCCGGAAGCCCCGGGACUUGGAGCUUCCGCUCAGCCCAAGCUUGCUGGGUGGGACGGGGCCGGAACGGACUCCGGGAUCGGGAACUGGCUCUGGCUUGCAGGCUCUGGGGCAGGCGCUGACGCCGUCUUUGCUACCGACGCAUACAUUGACUCCGGUGCUGCUAACGCCCAGCUCGCUGCCCCCCAGCAUUCACUUCUGGAGCACUCUGAGUCCUAUUGCGCCCCGUAGCCCAGCCAAGCUCUCAUUCCAGUUUCCAUCCAGUGGCAGCGCCCAGGUGCACAUUCCUUCCAUCAGCGUGGACGGCCUUUCGACCCCCGUGGUGCUCUCCCCAGGGCCCCAGAAGCCAUGACUACCACCAAUACCACUCCCUGCUGGGGUUGCUCCAUCCAUGAGCCCAAUCUCCUCCAGCCAGCCCUCUCAAGGAGAAACAAUUCACCUGACAGACUCAUGCUCUGGUCUGGGGAUGGGGACUCUUGAGAAGAAGAAUCUACACACACACAGAAAACACAAUUUCUGUCUUUGUCAGCCCCCCAGUGGCCGCCCUUACUCGUCUCCUACUUCAGUAGUAGGGACGGUUUAUUUAUUUAUUUUUUGAAGGCCAUUGGGAGGAGUCUGGCCCUACCUUUUAGGGGGUUGGUGAGGACAUCUCCCCCAUCGCUACAUUUUUCCAAGAUGAGGUAAUCAGGGUCUGGCAUGAGAAGAACAUUUCAUUAUUUCUCAGCCAGCCCUUGGGGAGAUGGGGGAGUCCUGUCUCCUUUUUAGGUGGGUAAAAGAGCUGGUUUGUUUUAUUAUUCCUGGCCAUACCCAAGGAACUAGGAAGGAUUUUGUACCAUUUAAUGGUUCAGAAGUUUUGGCCAAGGAAGAUUAACACCCUUAGAAUGGAACUUUUUACCUCUCCAACCUUUCAGACAGUUUGUCUUUUUUUCAACCAACUUUUUGGCAAAGGAGGAAUGCCCCCUUUGCUCUUCUCCCCCUCUGAGAAGCCAUUCCUUUGUCUGCCAAACUCCCUGGGGUCCUGCCUGUUACCUCCCAAAGCAGGGUUUUUUGGGGGGGUGGUCCCCGUCUGGGGGGGCCCCUCCAGCCAGUACUCCAGGUCUCCCUGUCCCCCCACCUCCAGCCAUUUUGAUAGUAUAAUCUAUUUUUAAACAGGACUUUUCAAUAAGGGAGGGGGGCAUCUCUUCUUGUAUCUGAGAUGGGGGUGGGUGGGAAGGCAAGGGAUCUGGGGGAUCUUCCCGCCACCCCCUCCCCAAGUGUUUAUUUUUGAUACCAAACAUGUAUUUUCAGUUCCCUCCCUCCCAGCCCCCCAGUUUCCUGCAGGCGGGUAUGAAGGACCCUAUAAGCGUCCCUGGAGUUGAGAGGGAGGAAUGGGGGACAUAAAUCCUGUUCUAUGUCAAUUCAAGGCUGGAGAGGGUGGGUUCAAAAGACUCCUGGGCUCACUUCCUGUCAUCAAAGGUCCAGCCCAGGCCUGGAAACCUGAGGGUUGGUGAUUUGGGGGACGGUGCUAUGCCUGUCUCCACUGUUUGUUUUACUUCCCCAAAAUGGGUCUUUUUUUCUAAGAGUACCAGAGAAUGGGGGAAUUGUUCCUGUAAAUAUAUAUUUUUAAAGGUGA